AUGCAUUCUCUUCUUACCUUUGCGUUCGCCCGCCCACUCCUUUUGUUUUGUGUUCCGUCUGCCCUCGGUGCUGUCUUGUUGCCCCUACCGCCCCAACGUCUCCCUCCAAAACGGCACUUCUGUUCCACCACAGCCCCCAUCACCAACACCACAACCCUCUGCCCCACCACCCCCGAAUGGAGCGGCGAAUGCCCCUUCCUCUCCCGUGUGCUUCCUCCCCGCCGGCCUCAAAAAACCCCCCCCCAACCACCACCCAGCACCAAUCCCACCAACCCCUCCCGCUGCUCCUCCCCCGUCAGCAUCCUGACCAUCCUCGCAGUCGUCACCAUCAUCGAGGCGGCCUCCACCCUCAUGCAAGGGCACGACCGCGUACGCCGCCAACUCUUCCGCCUGCGCGGGACCCUCUUCCGCCUGCCCGACAAACAAUCCCCUUACUGGACGCCCGCCUCAGGCACCGUCUCCGCCUUCACCACCUUCCUCUUCCAGGUGCUCCUGCCCGCCAUCAUCAGCUGGUCGGAAAACAAGAGCCAGUUCUCGUUUGGCAGCCUGCUGGGGAUGUGGACGAUGCGGCCGCGGGGCACGUUUGUGAUGUUUGCGCUGAUGCGGCUGAUUGGGUGGGGCGGGUUUAAGUUUACGGCGUUUGAUGCGAUUGUGACGGAGAGUAUUCUGGAUGUAAUUGCGUUGCCGUUUGCGGUUACGGCGGUGCUGACGGAUCAUGGGCCCGAUGGGGAGGGGGCGAAGGGGUGCGGGAUUCAGGGGUACGAGGCGGUAGAGGAUGAUGUGCGCGUGGGGAUGGUGUAUGCGAGUUUUGGGUGGGGGACCGCUGCCGGUGUGAUCUCGUCGCUUGUGCUGGCGCAGUUCGUUAUUAUGAGUUUUAAUAAACGGUUGACGCAGGAGGAGAUGGCUGAGAAGGACGAGGAGGAGGCGUGGCAGGGGAGGUGGAGUUGGUGGGGGAGGGUGCUGUUGCGGGAGAAGCGGCAGCUGGUGCCCAUUAUUGUGGCCAUGGGGACCAUGAUUUCGAAUUGGGUGCUCUGGGGGCGAACCGGUUACUGCGAAGCGCAGGACGGCGUGGCCACUCUGGUUCUCGGUAUCAUACAUCAGCUCUUCAUUCCCCUGUUGCGGGCGUGCUUCGGGGCGGAUCCAGAUUUGGUCGAGUACAAGUAG